GCAUCAUCCCUAUAUAUAUAUAUAUAUAUAUAUAGCUCUGUCCAUCCCUUCCCUUAUCUCCACGAGUCAAAUUAAUUAACAAGGAAUCAUAUCAUACAUACGCGUGCGUGCGUGCGUGCGUGCGUGCAUGGGCGCUUGCUUAUCCUCUUCCUCCGGUACUGAAAUUAUCAGCGACGAUCUGGUUGAUCACUCGGCUACGGCCAAAGUAAUCACCGUGGAUGGGCAUCUGCUGGAGUACUCCGCAGCCGUGAAGGCGUACGAGGUUCUGGGCCUCAGCCACCCCUUCUGCUUCCUCUGCAGCUCCGACGAUUUGGACUGCGACGCACCCAUCCCGCCUUUGGGUUCUCAGGAUUCCCUCGAACGCGGCCAGCUGUACUUCAUGCUCCCCGUCGAGAGCCUCCGGGGCCCGUUGAGGGGACGGGACAUGGCGGCCCUUGCUGUUCGGGCCAGCUUGGUGUUGGCCAAGAAGAGAUUGGCUCGCGAACCGGGGGUUGCUAGAGUCUUGCCGAUCGGCGCGGCGGAUGGCGGAGUGAUAGAGGAUGAUGUGUUCGAUGUGUUCGAAGGGAGCGAUGGAUUUCAUGCAACCAGUGCUCAGCAUUUGGAAAAGGAGAAGAUGAUCAGGAGGAAGGAGAUGAUGGGGAGGGAGAAAUUCAUGGGCUGGCCACAUUCCAGAGCAAGGUUGGGUACCAUCCGGGAACUUGCUGAAUAAAUUAACCGCCGGGAUAUAUAUACAUGCAGUAUCUUAUUUUAUUUUAUUUUAUCCUCCUUGUAGUUUUUCUAGAUUUAAGGCCUCACCUUGAUGCAUGCUGAGACCUCUUCCUUUAUUUAUUUUGCUUUUUUUUUUCUUCUCUUUUUCUUUUUUGUUGAGAAUUAAGACCUACGAAUUUUUGUUC